UAAAGCUCGUGAACCAGUGUCCUUCAAGGUGCUGAUGCGAACUUACCCCUUUGCAGGCUGCUCUGAACAUGGACAUGCUGAGGAAGUCGCUGUUCCUGCUACUUGUCCUACACAACGUUGUGUACGUGCGUAGCCAGGUGAAUGUUCAGCCAUUUCUCGACGCCUUUUGUAGAGCGAAUGCAGAUAAUAAAGGCUGCCAUAGCAAGCCCUUCGUGGCAGAGGAAAGUGCUGGUGGGACCAUCCCCGAGCCGGGCCAAGACAGCAAUGUGGCGUGCCUGUCGGGGACGAAAAGGUGCACGCAGCUGCCGAAUGUGUGUGUGCCUUCAGACAUCCCCUGCAGUGCCUUAGACGCUGUGUACGUGCGUAGCCAGGCGGAUGUUCAGCCAUUUCUCGACGCCUUUUGUAGAGCGAAUGCAGAUAAUAAAGGCUGCCAUAGCAAGCCCUUCGUGGCAAAGGAAAGUGCUGGUGGGACCAUCCCCGAGCCGGGCCAAGACAGCAAUGUGGCGUGCCAGUCGGGGACGAAAAGGUGCACGCAACUGCCGAAUGUGUGUGUGCCUUCAGACAUCCCCUGCAGUGCCAUAGACGUUGUGUACGUGCGUAGCCAGGCGGAUGUUCAGCCAUUUCUCGACGCCUUUUGUAGAGCGAAUGCAGAUAAUAAAGGCUGCCAUAGCAAGCCCUUCGUGGCAGAGGAAAGUGCUGGUGGGACCAUCCCCGAGCCGGGCCAAGACAGCAAUGUGGCGUGCCUGUCGGGGACGAAAAGGUGCACGCAACUGCCGAAUGUGUGUGUGCCUUCAGACAUCCCCUGCAGUGCCAUAGCCGAAAAACAUAUUCAUACAUCCGCAAUACGACCCAAAUUCCCGCUACGCCCACGACAUCGCAGUUAUCCCUUUCAACUCUUCCUCUUACGACAUUCUGCUGACGGUGUGCAUCGCGGACGAAGUGAUCAGGCCCUCCAGGGACAGGAAGCAAGUGGCGGGAUCUUCGUGCUCGCUGAGAAUCGCCAGACUCCCGAGAGGUUUACGGUCCUCAAAAUGGAGUACGAACUGUCUGGGACUCGCCCCGUCGAACACCUGUCGAGACCAACAGGAUUUUAAGGAGAACCAGUCCUGCGCGCAGUAUGAGGAUAUGUUUUGUCGUUUCGGUGUUUCAUUGGUAUAUUGUACUUUUCCCUUUUCAUUAUACUGUUUGGAAUUACUUUUUUAUCUUCUCCCUCCUUGAUCUUCUUUUCGUUUGUCAUGUUUUCUUUCAGCUCUCUGUCAUAGGAAUCUCCCUGGAAAUGGUGAAAAAUCUUGUUUAGAUAUUUUAAUUGUACUCAUGAUUCUCCCGCUCUCGGUGUUUACCGGGAGGACUUCACCUGGCGGAUAUCAGCACGGGUGUGGACGAGGUGUGGGUGAUAAUGGGCUUGCUCUCCACCGUCAGCACCGGCUCCUCACGUUCCCUUCGUCUACAGCAACGUGGCGAAUGACGCGCAGUGGCUGAAGGAGUGUGUUUUUUCUGACCGCUGCAACACCUUCUCAACCAUCAUUCAAGAAUUUGGAGCUUUUCUCUACCUGUGCUAUAAUGUGAAUCAA